GCCUUACCUAAACUUCCAGUGUAGGUGGGGCCGCUGCCGACGUCAAGCGCCCGCCCGUGUUAGUUGAACGGUUGUUGUCACAGGGCAGGCGCAAGUCGUGUGAUGCUGGCUGCAUUCGGCCAUUUCCUCGACGCAUCUCUUUUCCCCUGCUCAUACUCCACGAUAGUUUCCCACUGAAGACAGAGCAUGUGCUGUCCAUGCCAGACCACGCAACCUUUCCUACCCAAUGUUGCUGUUCAUGGAUGAAUAGAACAGCCCGAGCCCGCGCCCUCCGAAACCCUCCAAAGCGCCGUCUCCCUCUCGCACCUCUCGGCCCGGCCCGACCCAGCCCCGUCGCCCGUUGCCCUGCUGCUGGUGCUGCUGCGUUGCGUGGCAUAGGGCGAUUGCCGUUCCUUCGCCAUGUCAGUUCCUCAGAGCAAGCACGUGUACACGGACGUGCAUGCGCUGCGAGGCGGGAAGCCAGAGCUUGGCGAUAUCUCGCUGAGCGACUACCAUCUCGUAUUCCGGUUCCCCCCUGAAUCGAAGGCGUCGACCGACCCGCAGCUUAAGAGGCGCCAAAAACAAGUCUGGUUCGCAUUCCACGUUAUCUCGCAAUGUACGCUGCGGCCGACGCCUCCAGCAAGCGGCGUGCCUUCGUCAAUACGCAUACGCUUUAGGGACUUCACCUUCGUCUGCUUCAACUUCCCCGACGACAAGGAUGCUCGUGAUGCGUUUGAGUUCAUCCGCGCAAGGACGUGUAGGCUGGGAAGCGUAACAGACCUCCUGGCUUUCAACUACACCCCGCCGCCCGGCUCGCCAGAACUCAAGAUCGAUGGCUGGGAUCUGUACGAUGUGAGAGCCGAAUUCAAGCGGCAAGGCAUCAGCGAGAAAUCGGCAGAUCUGGGCUGGAGAAUAUCCACCAUCAACAAGGACUACACCUUUUGCCCGACUUACCCGGCGCUGCUGGUCGUGCCGUCUAAGAUUUCAGACAACACGCUCAAGUAUGCGGCUAACUUCCGCUCCCGCGCCCGGAUACCGACUCUUACCUACCUCCACCCGGUCAACAACUGCACCAUAACCCGCAGUUCACAGCCGCUGGUGGGACUCCGAAUGAACCGCAGCAUCCAGGAUGAGCGACUCGUCGGGGCCUGCUUCUCUGCGUCGGCGAACUCCUUCGACGUGUCGCCGUCGAAUCUGGACGAAAGCCCCCCUUCGAGCACGGUGGAUCUGAGUGCUGAUGGUGCAGAUGCCGACCUCUCGCUCUCGGAGAUGGAGCGGAUGCGGAGGGAGGAUGAACUGAUUGCCGGCGGCAAUGCUCAGUACGACGAGAAGACGGGAAAGCGGCUAAUUUACGGUGCACAGCAACAGAACCUGAUCGUCGACGCCCGGCCCCGACUUAACUCCCUUGCCAUGCAAGCUGUAGGAAAGGGCUCGGAGAAGAUGGAGUUUUACAGAUUUGCCAAGAAGGUUUUUCUCAAUAUAGACAAUAUUCAUGUCAUGCGGGACUCACUGGAGAAGGUUAUCAGCGCCAUUAGGCACGCCGAUGUCUCUCCCUUCCCGCCCAACCAAGAUCUCCUGGAAAAGAGCAAGUGGCUUAGUCACAUCAGCUGCAUUCUGGACGGCGCGGCCACCAUUGCGCGCCAGGUCGGCAUCCAGCACUCGAACGUGCUUAUUCACUGCUCAGACGGCUGGGACCGGACGAGUCAGCUCAGCGCUUUGGCCCAGCUCAUGCUGGAUCCCUACUACCGCACCAUUGACGGUUUUAUCGUGCUGGUCGAGAAGGACUGGCUCUCGUUCGGCCACAUGUUCCAGCUGCGAUCCGGUCACCUGAGUCACGAGAGCUGGUUCACGGUGGACAACGAGGCGCUCGCCGGCUCCACGAUCCGGCCCGGCGAGAACGAGGGUCGGGGAGACGCGAUCGAGAACGCGCUCGCUUCCGCGAAGCGGUUCUGGAACAGAAACGUUGGCGGCGAGAAGGAGUCAUCGACGUCGGACGUGGAAGAUCUGUCCGCUGUCGACGAGUCGAAGCAGGCGACCGCGUCCAUCAGCGAGGAGCAGGCAACCAGACUCAGCGAUGUCUCGCCUGUCUUCCACCAGUUCCUCGAUGCGACAUACCAACUUCUCCGGCAGCACCCCACGCGCUUCGAGUUUAACGAACGCUUCCUCCGGCGCCUGCUCUAUCACGUUUACUCUUGCCAGUACGGAACGUUUCUCUUUAACAACGAGAAGCAGCGCAAGGAAGCGAGGCUGCGCGAUCGCACCCGCAGCGUCUGGGCCUACUUUUUGAGCCGUCGCCAGGAGUUCACCAAUGACCAAUACGACCCGGUCGUCGACGACCACACAAAGGGACGGGAGCGCCUCAUCUUCCCGCGCCUCGGCGAGGUGCGGUGGUGGCACCAGGUCUUCAACCGCACCGAUCACGAAAUGAACGGCGCCAUCAACGCCUCGGUUGCCGUGGCGGAGCGUGUCGCGGCCUACCAGGCCUCGUCUGAACCCGGCGGACCCGCCGUUGGUAGCGGCGCGGAGGGGCAGCCGGGAGCCAAGGCGCAACCGCCCGGACUGACGCCGAGCAAGUCAGCCCUCACUGGCAUCGAGAGUCCUUACGAGGCUCUUACGCCGGAGGCCAGGACUUCGCGGUCGUUGAACCGCAGCGCCAGCACCGGCGCACUCCCCGGUGCCCUCGGGGCAUUGCAGGACAAGAUCUCCGGGCUUGCCAUCGGGGCGGGGAUGUUUGGUGCUGGCAGCCCGAGUGCGGGUAGGAAUCGGCCGGGCGGCCACAGCACGGGGUCUAAUGGGAUCCGCAACGGAGGCGCGAGCCCGGCUACGGCCAGGGACCGUCCGGAAAGGCGCAAGGCCGAGUCUAAGGGCCUCGUUGAUAUGCUCACCGGCGCCACGCUUGACGACCCCCUUUCCGAACGGGAUAAUGACGCGCCGGAAGAUGUCGGCGGAGGGCAGGAGAUGAAGAGCAUGGAUGGACCAAGCUAGCUGAGUGAGACCUCGGGCGGCAUUUGGCAUACGGUUGGGCUAGCCAGAAUUGUGACUUUUUCUCGCGUGUUUGGAAGCGCUGGGUAGACUGGGAACGGAGGUGUCAUUGCACUGUAUCGAGGCACAGCGAGCAUUGGGUUUUUGAUGCUGAGGGUUCGAUAGCGGUAGGGCAUGCGGUUAGACGUCAUGGGUAGGUAGGCAUGAGGACUGCUUGUGAUAUGCAUGCCAUCACCAUGAAAGCUCUCGUUCACACUGUUGGUAUGAGUGCAUGGGUGCAGUUAUCGGUGUGUGGGGUAAAUUGCUCUUAUUGAAGGAUUGCAGGAAGCGGCGUCCUUCAGAUGCCGCGGUUGCUCG